CUAAAUGCGACAGAAGUGAAACCAAGUUAGCUGCGGUGCUUCACUUCUCAGUCAGCCCUCCAGCAGAAGCUCUGAGCUCCAGAAACAAACUACAGCAGACUGAGUAUCCGAUCUUAAGCCGCUCGGGCCUUAACCAAUUAAAUGGAACGUUUUUAUAUUUAAUUUCACUCAAAUAGACUCCCCAAUAGCGGUUAUAGGGACAAAAUCAGUUGCGUUGCUAGCCGCGUUAGCUAGCCGGCCUGUCCUUGUGCGUGACGUCACUUCCUGCUUUUGAAAAUCGCGGUCAGAAAGUAACAAAAGCAGAGAUGGAGCUACAAGUGGGGACUGAACCGAUGACCCUGGGCUCUCCCACCUCUCCAAAGUCGGCCCCUGGAGCCCAGUUUCUGCCCGGCUUCCUGAUGGGCGACCUGCCAGCUCCAGCUAGCCCCCAGCCACGUGCCUUCAGUCUGUCCACGCCCAUUAUUGAGAGCACAGGUACGCCCCGAGGAGGAGGUGGACGCUCUGCCCCGCAGCCCGUUGUCCCCACCCCCAAAGAUAAGAGUGGAGCCCCACCUGUUCGCAGUAUUCAUGACGACCUGGGGACUGUGACGACGCCCCUCAACACACUCAGACAGUCUUUUCCAGCUAUGCAUUCUCCUCUAGCUGCAAGGGGGGCAUCAACUCCAGGUGUGCAGCAGCUGUGCAUGUCUCCAGCUCAGGUGGAUCCUUUUUACAGUCAGGGAGAGUCUCUGUCAUCUGAGGAUCAGCUGGACCAGACUUGGAUCACUGUGUUUGGUUUUCCUCCAGCUUCAGCCUCCUACAUCCUGCUGCAGUUCGCUCAGUAUGGAAACAUCCUCAAACACACGAUGGCGUCUCCUGGUAACUGGAUGCACCUUCAGUAUCAGUCCAGACUUCAGGCGAGGAAAGCUCUGUCUAAAGAUGGAAAAGUGUUUGGUGACGCCAUCAUGGUGGGAGUCAAACCCUGCAUAGACAAGAGUGUGAUGGACAGCAGCGUAGCCAUCUCGUCUCCCCUCUCCACCUCCUUCUCCGCCUCUGUCCUCCCCUCCACUCCUCGCUCCGCCAUCAGACCCCUCAGCGCCGCUUACAGGAGCUCCUGCAGCGACUACCAGGUGGUGGCAGACAGACAGACACCAAGGAAGGACGACAGUUUUGUUUCCAAAGCGAUGGAGUACAUGUUUGGCUGGUGACGUUACACAAAGCAUCAUGGGAUACCUGCAGCCUUGUCGGAGAGAGGGGAAUCAAUGGAGCGAUGGAUGAACUGAUUCACUACACUGUGUGUGUGUGUGUGUGUGUGUGUGUGUGUGUGUGUGUGUGUGUGUGUGUGUGUGUGUGAGAGAGAGAGAAAGUGUGAUAGUGUGUGUCUGCUGAGGUAGAGGAUCUUUUUGUCUUUCUCUUCUUUUAUAAUCAGUAUUUUUAAUGUUUUGUCUCAAUAAAGUUUUUCUCUGUUCAAUCUACAAA